UUAAAGCUGUUGUUUCUGUUCUUUGUUUCAGACAUAUUUUACAUAAAUCCUGUGUGGAUCCAUGGCUGUUAGAACAAAGAAGUUGUCCCAUGUGUAAAAUGGAUAUCCUUAGAGCAUAUGGAAUGCCCGUAAAUGGUAGCCAGGAGAGCGUGAACCAAGCAGUAGAAGUAGAAAGCGUCACUACGUCUGGAGGAGUGAUCGAAGACAAUGUCAACGGACGGGACGACACACUGGAGGAGAGCGUUGUUCACUUACAGAGCAGCUCUGUUCAUUUUCGCACAUCUCCGAUUGAAGUGAAAGGGGAAUGCUCUCUAGAGGCAACUGAAAGACUAAUGGAACCAGCAUUGCCUCCUCUGAUGCCGGCUGGAAGUCUUGAGAGCAUCCAUUCUCUCGAUUCCGACUGCAAUGAAUUCCAAUCUCUAAUGAUCAAACCCAAAAAAGCCAGCACAAGUAGUUUAUCACACAAUAAUAUAGCUUAAUGGAGAGCUUUAGAAUAACAAAUAUCAUUGGUAAAAAGGUAUGCGAUGGCAGAGAAUAAAUGUGAGUAAAAAAAGAAUAGCAAAAAAAAAAAAUGAAAAUUCUUCUGAUGAAAAAUAAAU